AUGAGAGGGGGUAUCAUGUCCCAUGAAGGUACCAUGCUCAAGUUUCCCGUGGGUAUAUGUACGUGCAGGGCACGACAGAGCCGUCGAGCCUUUUGCGCGGCUUCGAACGCGUCCAAACGGAGAGAAUCGCGCUUCGAGUCGGAAGAGGAGGAGAUUGACGGUUUCCAGGACGUCCUCUUGUCCUCUUUCCGCGUUAAUUCUUGCUGUGGAGAGUCGAUGGGAAGGCCAGCCCGUACCAGACGAGAUGAAAGUCUGACAAAAGUCCUCUGGCCCAUAAAGACGCCCAGCUCGCCGGUACCGAGCGCCUGUACGGACGAAGUAAGCCUGUUGUGCGGAUGUUUGAGCCGCGUCUGGGCCACUGUUUUGAAAGGGGGAGGAGAUGGGGAACGAGACGAGGACCCUCGGGUCGUCAAACAUGAAAAUUCCACUUCCAGGAAGGCCAGUAGGAUCACCGUGCCAUGCAUAAGUGAGGAUUGUUUCGAGCACUUCGUAGGGCAAGUUGAGGAUGUGGAUAGGCGCUUGGGAUGUUACACCGAGGUUUGUGGCGGCAAGGUUGCUGCGACGCCUUUCAGCCUUUUUCCUGGAAAGAUUGUGGUUAUCUUCUCGAUCACGGUGAGCAGAAGAUGUGAUUCUUUGAAAGAUGCGACGCAUGUUGGGUGCCAAGGUCGAGGAGAGGUCGAAGGAGAGUCGACCAGGAGCCUGUCUGCGUUCGAAUUCCGAGUAUGCGGGGAAAUUCGACAAGAGCGUCGUUGGUGA